AUGAGAUAAAUUACUCUUUUUGUUUUAUUUUGCUUUAUAACUAUAUGCUUUGCUUAAAACUAAGGCAUGAGAAUGAUCAAAUGCUAAAAAAAUGGAGUAUGUAAUGAUGAAAAUUGUGGAAAAUCUGGAACUGUACCUAACAACUGGGCUGUAACUUUAGAAAAUUGUUCUGUAGCUGAUUGUUCAAAAUUAACUGGUAAUGGAGCUAUUGUUUCUACUAAUGCCUGUACUUCUUGCUUUCAAUACGACACUCCUUAUGCCAACUACAAUAACACUCUAUGUGUUAAGACAUCUGCCAAACUACUUGCUGCAGCUUCUUCUAUGAUUGUUGUUGCUUUCUUAUUUUUAUUUUGA